UAAAUUGUGUUUGUGGGCUCGCUCGUUUUCUGGCUGUUUGCAGAAUAUAUUUUCCAUACCAAGCUUGGACUUCUCUUUCUAGGUAGCGGGGCUGGAACGCAUCAAUAGCUAGAUUACUGGUCUUUGGUCACUGAGUCUUGUUCUCGUUCGCAGAUUAAGUGAACUCGUGAAGCUUCAAACAUAACAAUGUGGGAAAUUAUAUAGUAUAUCCUUUGAUUUAGAUUUUUCCACUAUGUCGAGUUGAAUGUUCGAGUUAUUACGAAACAAAUAACUAUAAAUCGUAUAGAAUUUUGAAGACGUUCCUAAAAAUGUGGUCAUAUCGAAGCAAAGUAUCAAUUAUAGAACGUCAAAUGUAUUUUUCUGCUUGUAAUUUACAUUCUAUUUUAGUACGUCGUCGGUGCUUUCUCUUAUGGAGAAAUUAUGCAUUAUAUAAGAGAAAAAAACACAAACAAAUAAAAUUUGUUAUUCGAUUUUAUAAAAUAAAUCAAAUAAAAAAGUACUUUGUUGCUUGGAUGAAUUAUCAUUUUGUGGCUGUUGAUCAUCGCAGUAGUGUUCAAUCCAUGAGUAUGAAACAUAAUACAUCAUUAAUCAAACAGUGUUUACUGAAAUGGAAAGAUUAUUGUACUACCAAGCAAUUAUUAUUGUUGAAAUUAUCUCAUUUUAAAAAGUGUCAGAAAAAUAAACUACUCAAGGAAUAUUUUCAAUAUUGGUUGAGUAAUCUUCUCUCUAAACAGUCACAAGAAAUAACAAUCCGGAGUUUUAGAAAACAUAAAUUUAUGGAAAGCAUAAAAAGGUUGUUUCUUGCAUGGUUACAAUGGACGUCUAGUCGUCGAGAAUACCUUUUGAAAAUGCAGCUUACUUUUAAAAUAAGUUUAGAGAAUAUGCGAAUUGUUACUAUACGAAUUUGGUGGAGACACUGGAGAUCUGUGUAUAACUAUUGUUCAAACGCUAAACUUGCAUGCAGACUUUAUGAUAAGCAUAUACUUGUUCAGUGUCUCAAUUGCUGGUCUGCUUUUAUUACUAUCAAGAAACAUAAAAUCAAAUUAUUUAAAACAGCUAAUGACUUUCGAAUUCGAACAAUUCAGAAGCACUUCUUAAGCCAAUGGCAUUUGAAACUAAUUGAAAAUAGUAAAUUUCAAGCUUUGAAAUCCAUAGCUCUUGUGCGAUGGUCUUUAUGCUUACAAGCAAAAGUAUGGAAGGCUUGGCAUUUAUGGAUUGGAAAACAAAAGUAUAAAAGAAAUAGACGAAAAACCGCUACCCAACGGUUUUAUGAGCACAAAACUGUCGACGCUCUAAGACUAUGGAUUACUGUGGCUUUGAAUAAACGUCAUGAAAGGCAUAUGAAGUACUGUUCAAAAUUUUGGAACAAUGACAUUCGUGUUUUUAAAUUAGUACUUAAUACAGCAACACGUUGGUACUGGUGGACGUUUUCUAGAGGAAUUAGUCAAAAUUCAAGUGAACUUAAUAUGAAUAGUAUUUGGGCUGAUAUUUCUGAAUUGACUAAUGAAAAUCGCAUAUCCAGACUUUCAGAAUGUGGCAAUAAUUUCAGAACAAUACGAAAUCAAGAACUAACACCUGCACGUUAUCCCGACUUCAUUCUCCCUGAACUACAUUCACUUGGGCUUACCAAUGCUAUAGAAUUCGAACAAACAUCAGCUCAUGUACCUCCAUUAAAUGAAACUUUUCACCAUGAGACGUCCAAUUGUCCAGAUAUUCAUUCCUGUGGUUAUCCAUUUCUCAACACACCAGAUGUUCAUGAAAUUAAUUUAUAUCUAAACUCUUUGUCGGAGCGGGUAUCUUACUACAGAAUGAUAAAGUCUAAAUAUAAACUGAUUUAUCAACGCCUUUAUUUAGAGGAUCAGAUGGAGAAUAAAGCUAAUUACAAUAAAGAGGGAUCUGAUGAUGUAUCUUUCAAGUAUCACCUGAAGACGGAGAAAGAUACAUGUAACUUCCUCAUCAAAGAACUACGGUCUUUCUUUGUCCAGUUAUCUAAGUCCACAUAAUAUAAAAUAGUUGUUUAUUAGUGGAUUUUUAACUUUAAUUCAGUAUCAAUCGCUUUUUUGUACUGCUUCACUGGAAUUUGUUGUUAAUGACGCUUUCGUGUCUUUCAAGUCUAAUAAUGAUGUAAAUCUUGGUUGGUAGUUAUUUUCACUUUGGUAUGUUAAUAAAAUAUUUGAUGAUGUGUCUUGAUGCUUUUUUGCUGAAGCGCGCACAGACCUUUAUGUGCGUAAUUAUGACAGACUUAUUUUGUAACUAGUUUUUGCUACUAUCUUCAUUCUUUUCACUAACUCUCAUAAUUUGUUCGUUUACUAUGAGUGACUGCAAAAUAGUUGUCUAAAAAUGCAUGACAUUAUAUUUCCAUUUUCGUUUUGAAUUCUCCAAUAUCAUGACACUGAUUACAUCCUACAAAAACAGUGUUGCACGUAUAUGUCUCUUGUUCUCCAUUACGUAUUGUUAUGAUAACAGAACUAAUGUAUUUACUGUCUUCGUUUACAGCCCACAGUGAUGUUAUAGUAUUCUAAUUGUCGUAUGAAUUAGGAAUUCCAGGAUUAACGCAAUUGAAUUAAGAAGACACAGGCACCAACGAAUGUAUUGUAUUUAGAAUUCGAAAUCAAGCAUUCAACCAGUACAAAGGUAUCAUUGGUUCAUUCAAACACCACAGAUGUUCUCAUUUUAUCCUUCAUGUGGAUACACAUUUUGAAUUAUAACAAUUGUGAUCGGAGUUAAUAACUACUUAUAAUUGUGGAUUAUUAAACUAAAAGAAAGUGAAACACACCAAUUCCUGACAAUUUAAGUAACGCCCAGUAUAUUUUUCUUGUGUAUGUAGAUUGUAUUUAAUAUUAUUAUUAAUAAUGACUUUAUU